CUUUCCAAGCCAAGAAACCCCUCUCUCUCGCUCAUCCACUUGCUUGCUAUUUGUGGAAACCGGGUUCAAUAGGAUAAUAGUAUUCCUCCCAAUAUGUCUAGAAACUUCUUAAACACUAUUCUUCUAAUUAUUUAUCCAAAUCCUUUUGUUUAUCACUCACUAAUACUAUUUUAACUUCCUCCUUAUAUAUAUAAUCACUUAUAACACGCCAGCACUGGCUCUCUUCAUAGAUAAGGGGUGACACACAUGAGUGAGUGUGUGUUAUGUGUUAUAACAAACUGUCCGUUCUUCUUUCUUUCUAUAACUGUCUCAACGACUUUCUCACUAUAGAAUUUGUUUCUAUAAGAGAGUUUUGAGUUUUAAAUUAUGUUAAUAAAUUAAUAGAAUUUUAAAUUUUAAACUUUUUCAUAGACUUCUGAAGGUGGUUGAUUCAAUAUCCACUGAGAUACAGAAACAGAGGUCCCCUGCAUUUCUUAUUCUUUUUCUUUUUCAUUUUCGUUACUGAAUAUAAUUCAGCAAUAGGCUUAUUCAGUUUGGGAAAAUGAACUAUCUGUAUCCGGUGAAGGAAGAGUACCAGGAGGAAGCAUCGUCGUCGUCGUACUUUGUGGCUGGAAAUGACGAGACGAGGAUGGUUCCUCCGCCGCAGCCAAUGGAGGGGCUCCACGAAGCGGGGCCACCACCAUUCCUGACGAAGACGUUCGACGCGGUGGACGAUCCGGCCACAGACCACGUAGUGUCGUGGAGCCGAAGCGGAGCAAGCUUCGUGGUUUGGGAUCCGCACGCCUUCUCCAGAGGCCUUCUUCCAAGAUACUUCAAGCAUAACAACUUCUCCAGCUUCGUAAGGCAGCUCAACACUUACGGUUUUAGAAAGAUUGAUCCAGAUAAAUGGGAAUUUGCGAAUGAAGGGUUUGUGAGAGGGCACAGGCACCUGUUGACAAGUAUAAGGAGAAGGAAGGCGCCUCCGCCACCAAUCCAAACGCAGACUUCGCAGUCGCAGCAGGGUCACUGCCUUGAAGUAGGGCGAUUCGGAUUGGAUGAAGAGAUCGACCGGUUGAGGCGUGACAAGCAGGUUUUGAUGAUUGAGCUUGUGAGGCUAAGACAGCAGCAACAAACCACAAGAUCGUAUCUUCAGGCAAUGGAGCAGAGGCUGAAAGGUACUGAGAUCAAGCAGCAGCAGAUGAUGGCUUUCUUGGCCAAAGCAAUGAAGAACCCCGUGUUUAUACAGCAACUCAUACAGCACAAGGAGAAAAGGAAGGAGCUUGAGGAUGCCAUGACCAAGAAGAGGAGGAGGCCCAUUGAGCAAGGGCCUAGUUGCAGCACCACUACUGUUAAGGUUGAGAAUCCACCAGAGUUUGCUGGUUAUGCUGGUGGCUUUGGAGCUUCUGAGCUUCAAAUUCUGGCUAUGGAGAUGCAAGGAUAUGGUAGAGGGAGGCGAGAGAGUACUGAACAUGAGCAUGAGCAAGAGCAAGAGCAAGAGCAAGAGAGGCUUGACAAGGAGCUUGAUGACGAAGGCUUCUGGGAAGAGCUGUUCAGUGAGAAUUUUGAGGGUGAUUUGGACAUUUCACAAGAUGAAGAAGAGGAUGUUAAUGUGUUGGCCAAUCGGCUGGGUUACUUGGGUUCAAGUCCUAAGUGAAAGAAAUCAGUAUUGAAUCAAAGUAACAUUUAUUCACUAUUCUUCAUUUUAGGAGGGUUCAUCCGGUGGAUGGAAUUUCAACUGUUCAAGCUCAUCAUCACCUCAAUUGGGGGCAAGACAGUAAAAUCACCCCAGCCACGACAUUAUCUACUAUGGCCUAUGGGGAAUUAAAAAAAUAUUAUUUACAUCUUGGUGUUUCUAAGUUCUAACCUCUCAUUUAAUGUCCUUUUGUAGCACUAGCUACCUGGUAGAACCUCAAUUUUUCUCAUCACUUUGCUUAAUGUUUGGUCAUUAUUAGGUAGGUUGCAGGCGUUGAUUGGAACAAGGAUUCUAUGGUAGUGAUAGCGGUACUAUUACUCAAGGUUCACUUCUAAAGUUUUUAACCUACUCAAGACCCCCCCUCUUGUGUAGUGCAUCUCAUUUCAUCAUGUAUCAAUCAUCCUACUUGUCAUUUUCCUAUUUAAUUUUAAUUGCAAAAAAUAUUUGAAUAA